AUGCUUUAUAUGCUGGGGAAUCCGAGGGACAGCAAAUACUUGAAUUUCAAUGAGACUGCUGUGAAUCAUCUAAGAAGAAUCAAAAGAAAAGCAAGUCCAUCACCAGGACAAAUUAUUCACCAUCACAAACACUUUGGUUAUGUAGAUCAUGUGCACAAGCAUGCAGGACAUGCUGAUCACAAACAUAAACAUCAUGGCCAUGCAGAGCAUAAACAUAAACACCACGGGCAUGCGAAACACAAGCAUAAACAUCAUGGUCACGCGGCCCAUAAACACAAACAUAGUGGACAUGCAGAACAUUCCCAUAAACAUUCUGGACAUGGAAAACAUAAACAUAAGCACCACGGUCAUGCAGAACAUAAACAUAAACAUCAUGGACAUGCUGAGCAUGGCCAUAAGCACCACGGUCAUGCAGAACAUGGACACAAGCACCAUGGACAUGCAGAACAUUCUCACAAGCAUCACGGAGAGGCUAAACAUUCACAUAAGCACGACGGACAUGCAGAACAUGGCCAUAAGCAUCACGGCCAUGCAGAACAUUCACAUAAGCACCACGGACAUGCUGAACAUGGCCAUAAGCAUCACGGUCAUGCAGAACAUUCACAUAAGCACCACGGACAUGCUGAACAUGGCCAUACGCAUCACGGUCAUGCAGAACACUCACAUAAGCACCACGGACAUGCUGAACAUGGCCAUAAGCAUCACGGUCAUGCAGAACACUCACAUAAGCACCACGGACAUGCUGAACAUGGCCAUAAGCAUCACGGUCAUGCAGAACACUCCCAUAAACAUCAUGGAGAGGCAGAACACUCACAUAAGCACCAUGGACAUGCUGAACAUAGCCAUAAGCAUCACGGUCAUGCAGAACACUCACAUAAACACCACGGACAUGCUGAACAUGGCCAUAAGCAUCACGGUCAUGCAGAACACUCCCAUAAACAUCAUGGAGAGGCAGAACACUCACAUAAGCACCAUGGACAUUCUGAACAUAGCCAUAAGCAUCACGGUCAUGCAAAACAUGAACACAAGCAUCACGGAAAGGCUAAACACUCACAUAAGCACCACGGACAUGCUGAGCAUGAUCAUAAGCAUCACGGACAUGCAGAGCACUCUCACAAACAUCAUGGAGAAAGUAAACAUUCCCAUAAACAUCAUGGAGAGGCGGAACACUCACAUAAGCAUCACGGACAUGCUGAACAUGGCCAUAAGCACCACGGACAUGCAGAACACUCCCACAAACAUCAUGGUCACGCUGAACACGAACAUAAACACCAUGGAGAAGGGAGACAUUCACAUAAACACGAUGGUCAUGCCGAACAUGAUCAUAAACAUCACGGACAUGCUGAACAUGAACAUAAACAUCACGGACAUGCUGAACAUGAGCAUAAGCAUCACGGACAUGCAGAACACUCUCACAAACACCAUGGCCAUGCUGAGCAUGGCCAUAAGCACCACGGUCAUAGCGAGCAUUCCCAUAAACAUCAUGGUCAUGCUAAACACGAGCAUAAACACCACGGGCAUGCCGAACAUUCCCAUAGACAUCAUGGUGAAGCAAAGCAUUCCCAUAAACACCAUGGACAUGCUGAACAUGGUCAUAAACAUCAUGGCCAUGCAGAGCACUCCCACAAACAUCACGGAGAAGCUGAACAUUCCCACAAACAUCAUGGAGAAGCAAAGCAUUCCCAUAAACACCAUGGACAUGCUGAACAUGGCCAUAAACAUCAUGGCCAUGCAGAGCACUCCCACAAACAUCACGGAGAAGCUGAACAUUCCCACAAACAUCAUGGAGAAAGCACUCCCACAAACAUCACGGAGAAGCUGAACAUUCCCACAAACAUCAUGGAGAAGCAAAGCAUUCCCAUAAACACCAUGGACAUGCUGAACAUGGUCAUAAACAUCAUGGCCAUGCAGAGCACUCCCAUAAACAUCACGGAGAAGCUGAACAUUCCCACAAACAUCAUGGAGAAGCAAAGCAUUCCCAUAAACAUCAUGGCCAUGCAGAGCACUCCCAUAAACAUCACGGAGAAGCUGAACAUUCCCACAAACAUCAUGGAGAAGCAAAGCAUUCCCAUAAACACCAUGGCCAUGCAGAGCACUCCCACAAACAUCACGGAGAAGCUCAACAUUCUCACAAACAUCAUGGAGAAGCAAAGCAUUCCCAUAAACACCAUGGACAUGCUGAACAUGGCCAUAAACAUCAUGGCCACGCUGAGCAUGAUCAUAAACAUCACGGUGAAGCUGAACAUUCCCAUAAACAUCAUGGAGAAGCUGAGCAUGAUCAUAAACACCAUGGCAAUGCCCAACAUUCCCAUAAACAUCAUGGGCAUGCUGAACAUGGUCAUAAACAUUCCACACCGGAUGAUGACCAUCGUUGACCAUAGUUUUUCUUUGCUGUCGACUGAGUUAUUUAAAAAAUUUACCUGA